AAGUCCCAUAGCAUUCUCAUUUUCGUCAUUCCCUUAAUUUCCGAUCGACAAUGUCAUCAUCCGAAGCUAAGAAAAGCCGUGGGCGCCAAAGGAUUGAGAUUAAGAAAAUGAGCAAUGAGGCCAACCUCCAAGUCACGUUCUCGAAGCGCCGCAGCGGGCUUUUCAAGAAAGCCAGUGAGCUUAGCACUCUCUGCGGGGCUAGCGUGGCUCUGGUGGUGUUCUCGCCGGGGAAGAAGGUGUUCUCCUUCGGCCACCCCAGCGUGGAUGGCGUGAUAGAGCGCUAUCUGACGCAGGGGCCACCGCCGUUGAUGGAUGUCCAACGCAUGGCGGAAGUGCUUGAGCUCAACGCCCAGCUGACUCAUAUCAAUGAUCAGCUGGAGGCGGAGAGGAAGCGAGCCCAGGAGCUCAGUGGGAAGGAGAGGGAGACCGAAGCCCAUCUGUGGUGGGCCCGACCCGUGGAAGGGAUGAUCUCUAUCGACAACCUGUACAAGUUGAAGAAAGCCUUUGAGGUGCUGAAGCAACAAGUGGCCGGUCUUGCUGAUAGGGCUUUGUUGCAGUACUCUGUGGCUAAUGGAAACCCGGGCCAUCAGUUUUUUCCUGGGGCUUCUUCCUCAACCAUUCCCAACGUUGUGCUUCAGCCACAACCACUGCCAGUGCCCCCCCAGAUGUUCCCUCCCACUCCAAAUAUGAUGAUGCUGCCUCCGCCACCCAUGUUUCAGAACUACAUGCUUCCUGAUGGGAGCAUGAUGAACCCCCAUGGGUUUAAUGACAUGGGAAUGGGAGGAUUUGGAGGACCAGGGCCUUCUGGUUCUGGUGCUGGUGCUGGUGGUUUCUUUUGAUCCUCCCGGCUGGAUCUUGAUGCCCUUCUGUUUUUAAUUAAGAGUUCGCGCGAGUUGUUGUUUUAAUUUCAGUGUUGUUCCGGGUUAAUUAGCUAGUUUCAUGUACGUGACAACAUGCAUGCUUAGCACUGAUUGAUUAGCUAGGGUUCGGAUAUUCUUGUCUUGAACCAUCAUCAGCAUUGUCAUGUAAUGCUAGCAGCUGGAAUGUUUUCCCUUUCGUAUCAUUUUCUUUGUUAUGUUAGUUGUUCCAACUGGAGUGAUGUACUUUCAUGAUCAGUUGAGUUGUUGUUUGAUUAAAUA